CUACAAGUUUUUACUGAAGCCAGAAGCUCGAGCCUGCGGGGCUUGCACCUUACUUUUCUACGCAGAGCUCUGAAAAUCAUGCUUACAAAGUGUGAAAACAUCGGGGAUGCUGUGAAGUCUCUUAUCACCGGUUUGUGGAUCACUUUUAGCGUCUGCUCCAUCGUUGUUCGCGGGCAGGAGGGUAAUGGCUGCGGACAUACGCUGCUGGGCACAGAGUCCGGCACUUUGGCCUCUCAGAACUAUCCAGGCACCUACCCCAGUAACACUUGGUGCAGGUGGAGGCUUCGUGUGCCAGAAGGCCGCACACUGCAACUGCUGUUUGGGGAUUUUGAUGUUGAGAGCAGUCCAGGCUGCAGCAAUGGCUCUCUUGUGAUCACAGACAAUAGUGGGAAACCCAGUCUGGGUCCAAUGUGUGGGAAGCUUGAUGAUUCACAGAAGAAUGUGACACUUAGAAGCAAUGAAGUGACAAUAACCUUCAAGUCAGGGCCACACCGCUCCGGCCGAGGGUUUCUACUGUCUUACGCCACAGACCAGUAUCCAGAUCUGAUUUCUUGUUUACGUCGAGGAUCUCAUUUCAGCUCCCAGGAUUUGAGAGCGUACUGCCCUGCUGGAUGUAAGAAUGUCACAGGGGACGUGUGGGGGAACUCUGAACAGGGUUACAGAGAUACCUCAGUGCUGUGCAAGUCUGCUGUCCACGCUGGAGCUGUGUCUGAUAAUAUGGGAGGCCGUGUCACUGUGACUCGAGGGAGAAGUCUUACGCUCUAUGAAUCCACCUUUGCCAAUGGAAUCCUUUCUAAAAUGGGAUCAUUAUCUGAAAAGAAGCUGCUCUUCAGUCAAGAAUGCAACAACAUCCUGGCUGUUUCUGGUUUUAAUGCCUCAUCUUUCUGGAACAAAAACAGUCAAGAGCAAAGAGUGUUCUCGUCCUCCAGAAGCAUGGAUUCCUAUAACGAAUUCUUGCCCUGGGUAGCGGAUAGUAAUGAUCCCAACCCGUGGAUAGAGCUGGAGCUGAGUGAUAGAAACAACAUUACAGGAAUAAUAACAAUGGGAUCAGAUGAGUUCUACACAGAAUCCUACGUUCUUACGUUUAGCAAGGACAGAAAGAAUUGGAAGCCCUACAAGGGUGCUUUCAGCAAAGAAAAAAAGGUGUUUCAGGCCUAUACUGAUGGCCACCUCAGGGUUCUCAACAGCUUGUUUCCUCCCGUGGUGGCUCGAUUUGUCAGGUUGCAGCCACUGAGCUGGCAUGGCAGAGCUUCAGCUAAGGUCCAAGUCCUGGGUUGUCCUGUUGCAAAGAUCACACCGAGGUCUCGCCCAUCUGGUGGAUCUCCGUCCAUCAAAGUUAAUGUGGGUACGCUUCACCCAAGCCCCUCACCUGCCUCCACAGAGGGCCCAGUGUUAGUGGAGACAAAACUGAGCACCAGUCAGCCAGUAAUAGUGGCAGUGGGAGUGGUCCUGGGGUUGUUAAUGUGCGGCAGUUGUUUGUUGGCUGGAGUCUGGUGGAAGCGAAGGAAAAAAGACUCACAAUUGAAGUACUCCUUACCCACAAGUUGUCAGAGUUUCCAGGCGAAGAGUCUCCCCUGCCCACAAUCAGAGAUUAUCUCCUACCCUCUGGAGCGAAAUGUCCAUGACGCUCUACCUAGCCCUCCUCUGAAUGACUAUGCAGAGCCUGCUGUUGCAACUAUUGGACAAAAAGUUGGGUCGACAUUUAGACCCUCCUCAGAUGAGGGCUACACCACCCCCUUCAUCUUGAACCAUUAUGACACUCCUGGCAACCAGCCAGAGUAUGCCGAGCCACUUCCCCCAGAGCCGGAGUACGCCACCCCAUUCAGCGAGCAGCCCUGUGACUCCAACCUGCCGACUCUGACAGCGAUACUCCACGGCAACACACACGGACCUCCUAUACCAGCACCUGCCACUGGUGGCAGGAUAACAUCCAGCCCCGCUCAGUACGACUGCCCCUCGCACAGGAUGCUGUCCAAUGGCUACUGCACUCCUGCUGUACGUGCCAGUGGCCCACGACCAGUCAGUGUGAUCUACGCUGAGCCCAAGUCAUGUGACUCUUUACUGAAUAAGCACACAUACGAGGAGCCUUUGUGAGCACAGCAAGCUCAGACAUGGAGGGAAAAAAAGACUCUCCUGAGCUAAAGCGCACGUUGGGACCAGAGGACCGCUUGGAGUGACCUCAAGUGGACGCUAAGCUGGACCGGAGUGUACUAAUGCUGUCAGGGCUGAACUUCCAGGGAGAAGUCACUUUGGACCACUUUGCAAAUAUGAGGGUAGACUACUCAGAGUACAGAAUAAUCUGAGAGCCAUAUGGACACCGAUGUUUCCUUCCAGGAAGUAUGUAGUUGUACUGUGGGAAUAUCCUGUGAUGCACAAGGAAAAUCCAGGUUCAGUCGUGUCUCAGAGAUACUGUUUAUUGAUGUAAUGUUUUAUCACAAGCUGCACUUUCAGAGAACACAUACAGAGAUGUAUGCUUCAGACUAUUUAACUGGUUAAUGCAAAGAACUAAAUAUGUUACUUGUUCUUGUGAAACAUUGUAUUCACAAUGUAUAAUUUAAACAUGUUUUAUAAACAAAAAAAGAACAUUUAAGAAGCACUAUAAACGGUACACUGUAACAAAGUGGUUAAGAUGUUACUAUGAUCAUGUAUAACCACUAGGUGGCUCUCUUUGAACAUCUAAUAAUAAUGGAUUGUGUACUUCUUUUUCUGUCGGUUCUCGUUCCUCAGAUAACCGCCAUCCAUCUAACAUACAUAAUAAAAUAACAAAUAUUGUUUUAAAAUAAAAGCUUGGAUUAUAAUGUAAUACAGAAAGGCACAACAGGCAAGUCGUCGUUAUCAAGAUGGAGGACCUCACAUGGACUAAAACCCCUGUUGUUCAACCUACUGCAGUGUCCUUGAGCAAGACACAUAUACCUCAAGCAAACUCCAGAGCUGCUGUUAUGUUGUUGUCCUCCGGUCUGGAAGAAAAGACUAUUUUUCCCUUUGUGGGGCCUUCCUGUUUCUUAUUAGGCUUCAUUGUACAGCAGCUUUCUCACAAGUGAGAAAAUUAACUCUGUAUUCCCUACUUCUUUUUUUUUUUUACUUAUAUUUCAAAGCCAUGCAAACUCCAUAGAAAAUUGUACUUUAUCUUAUUACAAGGCAUUUUGUAAGAUAAAGGUCAGGUAGCAGAAAGAUGACCCUCAAACAUUUUAAUAUCUGGGAAUGCUUUGACAAGUUUUGUGAUGGCACAUUUAGCGAUUUAUUCGCUCUAAUACAACAAAGAGAAUACAACCUCUUUCACUGCUGAAUAAGGCACAAUAAAACUACUGAUAAUACUGUU